UUAUCUCCAUCAAUCUCACCCAUCACUCUCAUAUCUUCAGAUUCACAUGCUCUUCGAAUAUUAUUGCUUCCUUCUCCAAUGGCAUCGAUCAGUUCCUCCUCCGAUCAUCACCACCUUCCCGUGAGCAAAAGAAGGUUAAAGCCAUUGAUAUUACGAGAUUACCUUCUCGAAGAUCUCAGCUCAUGCUCAUCCAACGGCUUUAAAUCCUUCCCUCGCAUCCUCGACGCCGAGAUCAAACGGUCAAGAACCAUCCACCACACUCCUCGUCUCACCUGCGGGUUAGCGUUUGGUCACGCCGUUCAUAAAGCUUCCUCGGCUUUACUCACCGCCGUUAAACUCUUGCCGUUCCCUUCCUCCGUUAAGAAGAGAGAUGAUGAGAACAAGAAAGGGCUGUUCUCAAGAACCUUCUGGAAGAUCAAACCUUCACGACGUGAACUCAACGUCGUCGACGGAGACGGAGACGGAGAGAACGAACAAGAAACGGAGGAUGAUCGUGAAAAGGAGAUCCAACGGUGGAGAACAUUCGCUGAGUUUCUCCAAGAGAGUCAAGAUUUAUACCAACCGUCCGAUCAGGUUUCUCACGUUCCCUCGACGUAUUCGUUUUCCGGUGAAGCGGCAUUGUCAAACGACGCCGUCGGUGACUCGCUAAGUUUUAGUAGCGAGAACUCGGAGGGGACUCACUCAUCAUCAUCAUCAGGCGAAGUAGCAGUUAUGACUAGUGGGGAUUGUGUAGGGUUACAUGUCAGUGACAACGCAGAGGAAUGCGUGAACGAAGAAAAAGAACAGCUGAGUCCCAUAUCGAUCUUGGAAUGCCCGUUUGAAGAUGAUGCAAUCUCUCCUCCUUUGCAUCACUUGAAAGCAAAUGAAAUUAAACAGACGAGAGUAUGCAGAAGAUUUGGGAGUUUUGUACGACUUGAGCCUGUGGAUUUAGAGAAACGCAUAGAGAUAUAUGUGGAAAGCCAAGAUUCCAACUAUCACGUUACAAAACCCAAAGAAGAUCAAUCCCAAAUCCGAGCAAACCGUUUGUUUGCUCUAGUGAAGUCUAGGAUAACCGAAGAACAGAACCAUCUACUGGCAUCUCAUGUAGUAGACAAUGUGAUGCUAGAUUUUUUCAAAGAAAACGGGAAUAAUGAGACAAGAGACGAGAACAAGUUGGUGGAGAUAGUUGAAGAAUGGGUGACGAGGAGACAAGAAGAAGAGUAUAAUAUGUUCAUGAGUUGGGCAGUGAGAGAGAAUAGAGAGAUCUAUGUAAAAGAAAUGAAAUGGGGUUGCAUCAAUAGAGAUGGGAGAGAGUAUGUGGUUGAAGAGUUGGGGAACGGUUUCGUUAGUUCCUUGAUUGACGAACUUAUUCUUGAUUUAUCCUAGCUAGUAAAGCUAAAAUUUUGUUCACACGUUCUAUUGUAAUGCAAUAAUGCAUCACCAAAUGCUAUAUGUAUUACUAUAUAUUGUUAUCUUA